CAGCCUCGCUGUUCCCGGGAGAGCGGAGCAGAGCGCGACGGGGCGAGAAGCAUGUGGGUGUUUGGCUACGGCUCCCUCAUCUGGAAGGUGGAUUUCCCAUAUGAGGACAAGAUGGUCGGAUACAUCACCGGGUACAGCCGGCGGUUCUGGCAAGGCAGCACGGACCACCGCGGAGUGCCGGGCAAGCCUGGAAGAGUUGUGACACUAAUUGAAGAUCCUGAGGGCUGCGUGUGGGGUGUUGCCUAUAAAUUGCCACUAGGACAAGAAGGUGAAGUAAAAGCGUAUCUUGAUUUCCGAGAGAAAGGUGGCUACAGGACUACAACUGUCAUUUUCUAUCCCAAAGAUCCUUCAGUGGAGCCGUUUGAUGUGCUGUUAUAUAUUGGAACCUGUGAAAAUCCUAAUUACCUCGGACCAGCACCUCUAGAAGAAAUUGCCCAACAGAUCUUUAAUGCAGUUGGUCCCAGUGGAAGAAAUACAGAAUACUUGUUUGAACUCUGCAACUCCCUCAGGGAUCUUGUACCAGAAGAUGUAGAUGAACAUCUUUUUACUUUAGAGAAAUUAGUAAAGAAACUCUUGGAACAGGAACAAAAAAAUCUUAAUUCCAUAUAAAAAUCACCUUGUGGUUUCAAACAGUCUCUUCAUCUUCAGAAUAACGGUUUUAUUGCCGACAAGUGUAUAACUUGAUGUUUCACCUGGACUUUAAGAUAUUAAUUUUCAUGUUUCAUUCAGGGCACUACUGAUAUUGAUCAGUAGAAAAUUAUGUUUAAAGCUAUGUCUUCAGGAGUUUAAGGGAGGAGGAGCUUUGAAUUUUGGUAAAAAAUUUAAAGAAUGCUUUUUUCUCCAUUUCUCAAAUAUGAAGAAAUAAUUUAGACCAGAUUUAGGUUUGAGGGAAAACUUUGCUUUUAAGUUAGAAUUUUUUUCCUUUUAAAAAUGUAGUUUUGGACUAGAUCCUGCACACAGACUAUGGAUGCAGACUAUGGAUAGACUAUGCAUACUUACUCAGAGGUAAGUCCCCUUGAACAAAGUGAGACUUUCUUCUGGUGGUAUACAUGCAUAGGAUUGAGCUGUACGUGGCAACUUAGGCCUCAAUCACACUUGUAGUCCCAAUGGGGCUUGUGGGGUAUAGCAUCAACACGGAAAUCCUACAUACAUUUAUUUGGUGGGAAUAAGUCCCAUGAAAGUAAAUUCAGUAGUAUUCAAUGUAAAGAUGCACAUGGCUGAGCUGUAAGUGGCAAUUAUUCCUAUGCCAGGACUGGGCUCUUUUUACGGCUACAUUAGAUAUGUUUUAGAAACCACUCAUGACAGGGUAUUCAUCAUUUAGUUCAACUCCAUGGACUUAGUGAUUAUACAUCUAUAGAACUAUUUGCCCUUUAAUAAGAUGAGCAAAUAGUUAUACAUGAAGGAAACUUCAGUGCCAAGAUCUUCAGAAGCAAUAAGUAACACAUACCAUAUUGGUGCCUUACAUUUUUAUCACUUUUUUUUUUAAAAGAAGUUAUAAUUAGGGAUAUGACUUGUAUCUACAAUAGCAAGAACGUUCAGAAACUCCCAUUCUUAAAUCACCAGGCAUAAUAUGUUCAAAAAAUAUUGAAGUGAGCUGAUAACAAAUGACCACAAUGUUGAGAUCUACUUUGGACCUAUCCUGGUGACUUUAAGCUUCAUGAAUGAAACUUCAUAGUAGCCCAGUCCUCAAAGUUUUCUACUACCAAAGCAGCAGUGGGAUCAAGCACUGAAUUAUGCAGUUUUUGUAACUGUUUGCUUCAGACUAAUUCCACUGUCUAAGUGCACACAUGACAAGUGUGCAAGACCACAGCCUGCUUCUGAUCUCCAGCACUGUUAAGAGAUCAGGAGUCCCCUCUUCUUUCCCUCUGUGUCAUGAAUUCCUGGCUUCUUCGUUGGCUUUAGUGAUGGACAAACUCCCCUUGGCUCACCUCAACUUCCAAGAGCUUGGAAAAAUGAGUGGAUUAUAUUGCAACCCCCACCGCCAGUCCCUGGCAUUUCUUGUCAGGCACACACACAAAUGGUUCCCUUUGCAAAGUGGAAGAGGGUCGCCACUUUGAAUUGGAAGGCAGAUGAAAUUGAAUCCCAUAUUCCCUGGCAGUAAAUGCUCUGGAAUGUCAUUUCUGUCUAAAGAGAAGCCUAGCAAAGCAUCUCCAAAGGCGCUCUUCUCUCUACUGGUACUCUCCCCACCACCACCUUCUUAAAGGUAUUGGGGAGUUUUGCUUGCAGAAGGAGUGGAGGGUUGGUUAGCAGUUGGAGAAGAGGUGAAUGCUAUUGUAAUCCAGACCUGAACUUGGAGGCAUCCAGGUCUGACCUGCAGUGGGGUAAGGCUUUUGGGAUGAGAGUGGCUCAUAUUUUGAACUUUCCCUGAGCCUGGCUACCUUCACUAGUCAGCUUAAUCAUGGCUUUGCAUUACAUAUGCAUGAAUACAAACUCUAGCUGACGCGAACUAUAUCUUCUCCUAACCAAAAUUUGCUAAUGUUAAUUGUUAAUAUGAGACGUCUGGGCAGCAUCCCCUACAGUUGCAAUUCUACGUAAUGCUGAACUAUGGCUAAAGCUGGCAAGUGAAGGAAGGAAAUAAGUGCAUGAGGUCACAGCCCACUCCCAAUAUUUUAACAAUAGAUAAGAGAUCAGCAGUGUUACAUCUGCAUGAGGCCAGAGACUUGAGAAGGAACACUGUAGAAUGAACUCUUUGAAGAUUAAAGCUGGUUUAUUGGUAAGCUGCAAAGAUCUGCUCAGUUCUGUGCACCCAGCGGUGCUUUGAACUUUUGUUUCUUGAAGAGCGCCCCCACCCACCCCUACGGGUAACAAAAUACUUUUGAAACCAUGAGAAGUUGCAAACAUGGGAAUUGGUUUCAGAGCCAAAGUCAACAUUCCCACUGAGUGAGCACAAGUUGUUGGGUUAGCCUAAAGCAAAGGAGGGAAGAAAGUAGAUCUCCAGAUGUUCUGGACUUCAACUUCCAACAUUCCUGACCAUUGGCAGUGCUGGUAAAGGCUUCUGGGAAUUGAAGUCCAAAAUAUCUGGAGAUCUACCAUCUGUCCACCCCUGGCCUAAAGUACCUCUUUGGAUCCAGAAUAUUGUGUUUAGAGUUGAGUUGAAAGUUGCAUAGCAAGUUACUGGGACUUAACCUCAGCAAUCAUUUAGGCACUUCUGAAACUUCUACUCCAUCUACCAUCCUUCGUCUGCGCAACUCCCCUCAAAAUGGAUGGCCACUGUAUUAACUUCUCCAGGGGGUAAAUGAUAGCCUCAUUACAGUAGAUUAACAGAAGGAGUUUCCGUCCCAACUGUGAAUUUUCUUGCUUCUCAGAGUUUAAGUUAUUUUCUUUUAAGCCUUCAACUAAAGCAUAUUUUUGUAUUUUAAUAUAUUAAAAGGUUCUCUUUAGCAUGUCAAGUGCUAUCCCAUUCUCAUAUAGCAAAAAAUGGCUCUGUAUUUGUGUCUGCUGUUUACACUGAAGCCUGUACGACUUUGCAUCAGUAACAGAACAAUUAUUUAUGUUUUGUGUUCAUAAACCACGUCUAUUUUCCUUUUUUAUCAGUUAUGUGUAAAUGGUCUACUGAACUCUCUCAUUUAUUAGAGAGGACACCUGCGUUCAACUGUCUGAGGGUGGGGGGAAUGUGUGUGUUUCGGGGCGGCGGGAUGGAUCUCUUCUACAGACCAUAAAUUGCUUCUUCAA